GGGCGGAAACGCAGGCAAGGAAGAGACUGAAAGGAGAGUAGAGUCUCAAUAAUUUCUCCUCGUACGCAGUCACAGUCAGUGUCCGAGUGACUGAGUGAGAGAUCGAGAAGUACUGAGAAUGGAGGAGCGGCCGGAGACGGAGCUGAUAUCGAUACCGGCGACGCCGAGGGCUUCGACGCCGGAGAUACUAACGCCGUCGGGCCAGAGGUCGCCGCGCCCGGUGUCGAAGCCCUCCUGGACGCCGACGUCGCUGAUAUCGCCGCGCUUCCUCAGCCCCAUCGGCACGCCGAUGAAGCGGGUGCUCAUCAACAUGAAGGGCUACCUGGAAGAAGUCGGCCACCUCACCAAGCUCAACCCUCAGGACUCCUGGCUUCCCAUCACCGAAUCUCGCAAUGGCAACGCUUAUUACGCCGCCUUCCACAACCUCAACGCCGGCAUUGGCUUCCAGGCCCUUAUCUUGCCCGUCGCCUUCACUUUCCUCGGCUGGAGUUGGGGAAUACUUUCUUUGACCAUAGCUUACUUCUGGCAACUUUAUACCCUGUGGAUUCUAGUUCAGCUACAUGAAGCAGUUCCUGGGAAGAGAUACAACAGAUACGUGGAGCUUGCACAGGCUGCAUUUGGGGAAAGAUUAGGUGUCUGGCUUGCUCUUUUCCCCACAGUUUACUUGUCUGCGGGCACUGCAACAGCUUUGAUCCUUGUUGGAGGGGAGACUAUGAAACUGUUCUUCCAGAUAGUUUGUGGGCCUUUAUGUUCAUCAAAUCCUCUAACAACAGUCGAGUGGUAUUUGGUGUUUACUUCCCUGUGUAUAGUAUUGUCCCAGCUCCCGAACCUCAACUCCAUUGCAGGGCUCUCUCUCAUAGGGGCAAUUACAGCCAUUACUUACUCCACCAUGGUGUGGGUACUUUCAGUUAGUCAGCAAAGGCCGUCUUCAAUCUCUUAUCAACCUCUUUCAUUGCCUUCCUUUUCAGCCUCUGUCUUCUCAGCCCUGAAUGCACUUGGAAUUGUUGCCUUUGCAUUCAGGGGACACAAUCUAGCGCUGGAGAUCCAGGCAACAAUGCCGUCAACCUUCAAACACCCAGCUCAUGUGCCCAUGUGGAGAGGAGCCAAAGUUGCCUAUUUCUUUAUCGCCAUGUGCUUGUUCCCGGUUGCAAUAGGAGGUUUUUGGGCCUAUGGAAACCUUAUGCCUUCAGGAGGGAUGCUGAGUGCGCUGUUUGCAUUCCACAGCACUGACAUUCCCAGAGGGCUUCUUGCCAUGACAUUCCUUCUAGUUGUAUUCAACUGCCUGAGCAGUUUCCAGAUAUACUCGAUGCCUGUUUUCGACAGUUUCGAAGCUGGUUACACCAGCCGUACCAACCGCCCUUGCUCCAUCUGGGUCCGGUGUGGCUUCCGAGUCUUCUACGGAUUCAUCUCCUUCUUCAUAGGGGUGGCUCUUCCUUUCCUUUCCAGCCUUGCCGGUCUGUUAGGAGGGCUCACCCUUCCAGUCACAUUCGCUUAUCCUUGCUUCAUGUGGGUUCUGAUAAAAAAACCUACAAAGUUCAGCUUCAAUUGGUACUUCAACUGGAUCCUUGGUUGGCUCGGCAUUGCUUUCAGCCUGGUCAUCUCCAUCGGAGGUAUUUGGAGUAUGGUGAACAGUGGCCUUAAGCUCAAGUUCUUCAAACCCAACUGAGAUCAAUGGUUUAGUGCUUUAGUUUGGGUCUUCUGGAUGCUGAAAUAUCUGAUCUUAUGGUUUCUUAAAAUGUUUCUGUCUUCCACAUGUAUGUGUUUAUUCUCUCUGCUUGUUUCUCGGUAUAAUUAAUGAGAUGUUAAUUUUGUUACAGAUGAUUUUAA